AUGCUUCGAACGAUUCCAAUUCUCAUACUAAUUCUUCUGGUGCAGGGUGAUGGAAAUGUGGCAUUUGAAGAAGACCUCUUCUCCAACUUCACCUUCGUCAACUCGACAAACUCCACCACCACCAUCCCAAAACCUGACUUCACGGACACAAUAAUUUUCGCACUGAAGCUCACUAUUUUCCUUGUCAUGCUGGUUUUCUGUGUCCUCGGCGGAGUGCAUCUCUACAUUAACAAGGGAACUCCACUCCCCGAUGGAGUAAAAAUCGUUCCAACUCCCCGUCUACAGCAUCGGAAUCGCGCAAAUCGAGAGGAGAACUUUCAAUGA